GGAGGUGAGGCCAGCGAGGCAGGUCCCCGCGCGGCGGGGUCCACCCACUUGAAAACAAAACUUUUUUCCUGCAGGCGCUGAGAGCAGAGACCUGGCGCGGGGUCCCCGGAGCAGCCUCGCCGCGCCCCCGCCGCCCGCCGCGGAGCUGGUAUGCGGUAGGGCAGUGCCAUGUAUUGGAAGAGCGACCCGAUGUUCGUCUGCAGGCUGGAGGACAAGGACCUUCCCGCGCUCGGCGGUCCCUCGGAGAAGGUGCGCGGGGCGUCGAGCGAGCGCACCGGGAGCGGGCGGCCGCCGGCGGGGAGGGCUCGGCGCCGGUGCGGGACUCCCCCGCAGGCGAGCCCCGCAGCGGCCGACGAGGACUCCUGCUCUUCUUCCACCGCCCUGUCGCCCUCCUCCUCGCCGCGGUCCAUGGCCUCGGGCUCCGGCUGCGCCCCCAGCAAAUGCGUGUGCAGCAGCUGCGGCCUGGAGAUCGUGGACAAGUACCUGCUGAAGGUAAACGACCUCUGCUGGCAUGUGCGCUGUCUCUCAUGCAGCGUUUGCAGAACGUCUCUAGGAAGGCAUACGAGCUGUUACAUCAAAGAUAAAGAUAUCUUCUGCAAACUUGAUUAUUUCAGGCGGUAUGGCACCCGCUGUUCCCGCUGUGGGAGGCACAUUCAUUCUACUGACUGGGUCCGAAGAGCUAAAGGCAACGUAUACCACUUGGCAUGCUUUGCAUGCUUCUCCUGCAAAAGGCAGCUUUCCACUGGAGAGGAGUUUGCUUUGGUUGAAGAGAAGGUCCUUUGUAGAGUACACUACGACUGCAUGUUGGACAAUCUGAAAAGAGAAGUUGAAAAUGGUAAUGGGAUUAGCGUGGAAGGAGCAUUACUAACAGAACAAGAUGUUAAUCAUCCAAAACCAGCAAAAAGAGCUCGGACCAGCUUCACAGCAGAUCAACUCCAGGUUAUGCAAGCACAGUUUGCUCAGGACAACAAUCCAGACGCACAAACGCUUCAGAAACUGGCAGAAAGAACAGGCUUGAGCAGGCGUGUUAUACAGGUGUGGUUUCAAAAUUGCAGAGCACGCCAUAAGAAACACGUUAGUCCUAAUCAUUCAUCUACUGCUCCUAUCACAGCAGUUCAGCCCUCCAGGCUGUCUCCACCCAUGUUAGAAGAAAUGGCAUACUCUGCGUACGUACCCCAGGACGGGACUAUGUUAACCGCUCUACACAGCUAUAUGGAUGCUCAUUCACCUACAGCUCUUGGACUCCAGCCUUUGCUACCCCAUUCAAUGACACAACUGCCAAUAAGUCACACCUAA